AUGUCCGACAAGGUCAGCACUUUCGACGAGAAGGCUGUUCAUGACUCUGGGUCUAUCAAGCCCGAGGUUCGCGACGUCUUCGGCGACGAGGACGAUGCAGCAAUCAAGUACAAGACCAUGACUUGGCAGUUCGUCGCCCUGUUCAUGAUUGCAGAGAUCGUGAGCAAUGGUAUGCUUUCGCUCCCGUCAGCUAUGGCUGUCGUGGGUAUCGUACCUUCUAUCAUUCUGACGGCUUUCCUGGGCAUCUUCGGUCUUUUCACUGCCAAACUGCUCAUCGACUUCAAGCUCAAUCAUCCGGAGGUACAUAACAUGGGAGACGCAGGCUACAUCCUAUUCGGUAGCGUCGGAAGGGAAUUGCUAUCUUGGGGGACCAUCAUUUUCGCUAUCUUCGGCACGGGAUCUGAGUUAUUGUCCGGACAGCAAGCACUCUCUACUCUAUCAAACAAUGGACUCUGUGCUGUGGACCUCCUGUUGAUAUUCUCCGCGGCAACAUUCCUACUCUCAUUGCCGCGAGCCCUGGGACAAAUCAGCUGGUUGGGUCUAUUCAGUGUGGCCAUGAUCUUCAUUUGCGGUUUACUUGCGAUGAUUGGUGCUGGUGUCAACCCGACCCCGGAUCGCGUUGUUGUAGCCGCCGCGUCGUCCUCUUUCUACGAUGCUUUCCUCGCGAUCACUGGCCCUGUCUUUGCUUUUGCAGGGCAUUUCAUGUUCUUCAUCUUGAUCAGUGAGAUGAAGGAACCGCGUGACGCCAUGAAGGCUGCCUGGGCCCUUCAGGGCAGCUCCACGAUCUACUACAUUAUAUUCAGCGUAGUCAUCUACGUAUACCUCGGCAGCGCUGUUCAGUCUCCGGCGCUCCUCUCGCUCCCACCGGUGUGGGCAAAGAUCACGUUCGCGAUCGGAAUGGUCAACUUCCUCAUCGCCGGCGCAUUAUACGCGCACACAGCCGCCAAGAUCUUAUUCAUGCGCAUCUUCCGUGGCACACAUCAUAUCCACCACCAUACAGUCCUCGGUUGGGCCGUAUGGGCGACGCUCUGUUUCGUCGCAGUAGCGGUGGCCUUUGUUCUCGCGGCCGCGGUACCCAUCUUUUCCGAUUUGACGGGCAUCGCCGCGUCUCUGUUCGCCGCCUGGUUCACCUACGGCAUCGCCGGGUUCUUCUGGUUGCAUGACACGUUCUACUUGAGGGGUGGGAUGGCGGAGCUCAAACGCAGGAGAAUCGGCACGAUUCUUGCCUUGUUUACUAUCUUGGCGGGCACCUUCAUUUGCGUUGCUGGUACCUAUGUCUCGAUUAAGCUCAUUGUAAAUGCCUACCAAAGCGGCGAGGUCGGGAAGCCGUUCACUUGCUAG